GCUGAAAUAUUUAAGAAGAAAUGUAUUAUUUGAAGAACACCAUUUUUUAAAUACUGUGCAGUAUGUGGUCAGUAUUUAGUCAGAUUAGGUUUUUUUGUUGACUUAAGAAGCAAAGGUAGAUGAAGAUGGACAAGUAUAGGUCAGUAAAGAUGGUAGCAAGUAAACCACCUGUGAAAGAUGAAACCUUUAUUGCUGAAAUGUCACUUCAGAGAAACGCUCAUGCCUUUUUUGAAAGAUUCAGUCAAAGCGAAAUACAAGAACUUUUAGUUUACACCACAUCAAGUUGGCUUGCUAACAUGGAAGACAUCCAGUUCCAGCUUCCAAGUGGUUUGAUAUGUCAGAUGAAAAAUCAAUGUAAUUCCAGUGUAUUUCUGCUAGCUCCUGUGGAAUCUGAGGUUAGACUUGACUACCGAGAUGUUCAUCAGAUAAUAAGGGAACUGGCCGUUGGAAUUUACUGCUUUAAUCAAGUUCCCUCCAUCAGUCUAGAUGCUAAUUAUGACCGAAGCACAUCUUGCAAUAUUCCUCCUGCCUACUGUGACACAAGAGUGGGGCAGAUAAUGAUUGCUGUGGACUAUAUGAUGAAGGCUCUCUGGCAUGGUGCCUUCAUGGCAAAAGACAAAAGAGUCAGAUUUUCAGAGUUUUGGCGAUCAAAUAUGAAUAUUGAUGCAAAUGGUAUUCCUCUCACCAAGAAAGACGUUUUUGCAGAUUUCUGCGCAGCAGGUCUAACUGAUAUUUCAAGUGAUCCAGACUAUGAAGACAUAUAUUCCCAAACCCCUGACUUUGAUCCAUCAUAUGAACCUAAUAAUGAGGAAGAAAAAAAUCUUUUUAUGCAGUAUGCUGAUAGCAUAACAAUAAAAAUGACAUGUUUUAUUACCGAUGUUCAACAGUGUGAAAACUUCUUUAUAUAUGAUGCAUCAAACCAAUUCUCUACUGCCAUAAGGCUUACAGAAGAAUACAUUGAUCCUGUAACAUACCAACGUUUACAGCAGAGAUUAAAAAUCCAAAGGAAAUUGGUGGCGGAGAACAUCGAAAAGACAGUUGAAAACCGUAAAAAUGUGGCAUAUUUGAAGCUCAUUAGCUUCUUGGUGCCUUUCUUUUUGGGCUUGAAAAAGAAAAUGAAAGUGCCAGAUUUGAAUCACCUUCUGCAACCAUUUUCAAAUGAUAAACUUAAGACUGAACGUGAGCUACCACCUCUUAUGCUGGGAGAGAAUUUUGCUUGCCAACAUUUUCAAUAUGGAGAGAAUGAAUAUUUUCACCUUCAUGGAGGAAUUGAAUUUGAUUUAGGAACACCUUCUCUUGAACAACCAUGCGAAGACAUUAAGGCUGCUUUUCAAGAUAUUAAAAUCACAGCAAUAAAACAUAUUAAUGAUCUUCUGGACCUUGAUACAACUUACAGGGAAUAUUACCCUAUCCCCACGGUGACUAUAAAUGGAAAAAGUUACUAUACAAUUGCCAUUCAGCUUGAGAAUUUUUAUCCAGCUGGCCUUAAAACACACUGGUGGGGAGCAAUAAAUGGAAUAAUAAGCACUCUAAAACCAAAAAGGCUUCCUUUAACUGAUGUCCAGAUGUAUGAGCAGUUCAAGAAGAGAUUUGGGUACAAAAGAGCCAUAAAAUGCCAGAAUUUCCCUUUUGGACUAAAAUCUGCUGCAAAAAGAGGACUCGCUGCAGUUUUUCACACCUUUUCUCGUAAAACUCAAAUUUCUGGACUUGAUGUCAGAGAUGAAGCUGGCUAUGCUGUUAUUCAUCAUGCAGCAAUUUACAAUCGUGUGGUAAUUGUUUCUCAACUAGCCAAAGCCAGUUUCAAUUUGAAUCAAAGGCGCAAUGAUAGUUUUUUAGUUCAAGCUAAUACAAGUACCCAGAAUUUAGAAGAUAUAGAACAAUCUGGUCCAACUGCUUUACACAUAGCAGCUCAGUGUGGAUCUCUUGAAGUUCUCCUCUGCCUUCUAGCACUAAAAACUGAUUAUAUGUUACGUGACAAUCGUGGCUGGAUGGCAAUACAUUUUGCAGCUUUCUAUGGUGCUAUUCCAUGUAUUAGAGCUCUUUACAGAAAUGACCCUAAUCUUUUGGAAAUGGAAACAACUGCACAAUAUCAAUGUACACCAUUGUUACUAACUGCUGCUGCUGGUGAACUGGAUGCCCUUCAUUAUCUUUUAUCUGUUGGUGCUAACUGGAAACAAAAAGACAGUUUGGGCAACAACAUAAUCGAUUUAGCAGUUCUGUAUUUUCACACAAACAUACUGAAAUAUAUUAUAGAUCUGAAUAUCCCAGAACUACACGUGUGGCAACAACUUGCAGGUUUGUUGAAAUGUGAUGAUCAGCAUAGAAAGGAAAUGGCUGUGAGGUGCUUGGAGGUUCUCUGUGUUGUAAAUAGAAAUUACUGGGAGGACAUUUAUAAAGCAGGUACCAUCCCCUCUCUUGUUGAACUUUUACAUAGUGACCAGGUGCCUCUAAAAUGCCUGGCUUUGGGCAUUUUGAGUAACAUUUCAAAUAAUAAUCCUGUUUCAAGGGCUCUUGUAAAGUCUGGCGCCAUUCAAGUUCUUGUUCAUUUGCUGCACUCCCGACAGCCUGAAUUACAGUCACGUUGCUCAGUUCUCCUCUCUGAUAUUGCACAGAUUGACAGUAAUCAAAAUGUGAUUGCAGAAAUGGAUGGAAUUUCUCCAUUAGUUCAUCUACUUUAUGAAAAGUAUGAAGAUGUGCUGGUGAAUGCAGUUAACUGUAUCAGAGUCUUGUGUAUUAAAAACACAGCUAACCAAAAAGCUGUCAGGGACCUGGGAGCCAUUCCAUCCCUGGUGGAGUUUUUAACUGCCAAAUCAGAUAUUCUUGUAAGUGCCGCUACAGAUGUAAUUGCAGAACUUGCCAGAGAUAAUAAGGCAAUUCAAGAUGCAGUCACUAAAGAAGGGGUAAUUGAGUCUCUUAUAAGUAUCCUCCGUGUAAGAAACAUUAACAUCCAAGUAAAAGCUGCAAUGACGAUAGAAGCACUUUGUGAUCAUAACCCUGCAGUUCAAAAAGAAUUUCUCACCAAAUCUGUGACAAAACAUAUCUCAAAGCUCCUAAAGGUUUUCCAACUUGAAGUCAGGGAACAAGGUAGUACAACACUUUGGGCACUAGCAGGACAAACUCGAAAGCAACAGAAAGCAAUGGCUGAAUAUAUUGGCUACAAAUGUAUUAUUGACAUGCUUUUAUCACCUUCUGAUAAGAUGCAAUACAUAGGUGGUGAGGCAAUAAUUGCUCUAUGCAAAGAUAGCAGACACUAUCAAUGCCAAAUCUGUGAAGGAAAUGGCAUUGGGCCUCUGGUGAGAUUGUUACGCAGCCCAAAAGUAGCAAAUGGAACACUUAUCAGAAUUAUCAAAGCUCUUGGAAUUAUGUGCAUUGGAGUUGCCUUCAUAAACAAUCCUGUUGCCCAAGAAAAAAUAGUGGAGGAAAAUGCAAUUCCAACUCUUCUCCACCUUUUGAAAACUCAGAAUUCUUUACACGUUAAGGCUGAAGUAGCCUGUACCCUGGCUUGUAUAGUGCUAAGAAACAGCAAUCUGCAAGAUUCUUUAAAGGAAAUGGAAGACGUUAAGUACUCUGACAUUCUUGAUCUCCUAUAUGCAUCAGACAAGGCUAUUUGUUUAAGAGCAGGAUAUGCCUUAUCACUCUUUGCUUACAGUAGUACAAUGCAGCAGUUCAAUAUACUGGAGAAUGGAGGCAUAAAAAUUUCCAUCUAUGAACCUUUUCUACAGUCAGACAUUGAACCAGAGAGAGCACUAGCUGCCUUCCAGAUUGUUGUUUUGGCAAAAGUAAUUUCUGAUAUGGACCAAAUCACUCUGUGUACCAAGGGUGUGACAGUGCUAACAGAGCUCUUACAAUCAAAGAAUCCUACUACACUUGUGUUAACAGGAGAGUUGCUAGCCACCUUGGCACAUAUCAGAACAGGUAUUCCAGAAGCGAUAACUACUCUAGGGACUGUAAAGUGCCUUUGCAACCACUUGUACAGUCCAGAUGAGGAGGUUCGUAUUGCUUGUGCCAAUGCAUUAGGAUAUUUGACAUUUAAUCGCACAGCUUCUAGGCAUUUGUUAGCUGAAUGUCGGACUAGACCUUGCCUGUACAAUCUAUUAAUCAGUAACCUCAGUGAAGAUGCCAGAAUGUCUAAAACAUUUACAGAUGAAUUUAAAAUACAAAAACAAAUAGGACUGCCAUCACUCAGUUUAUUUGUUCAUGGAGGACCAUAUGUGAACCACCCUUCCUCUGUUAAAGAUAAACAAAAAGAUGGUGGAAAUGGCCAACAUCUCCAAACAGGAACCCUGAGAAUGAAAUCAGCCACUCACCACAAGAAUCUUUGACUUCUAAUAUCAACAAUCUGACAGGAGUUGAGUUAUAUCGGCACAACUCUCCUUCUACAAGACCUGAGACUGCACAUCUGAAUACACGCAGAAUGCAAGAUUAAAUAACAUCAAACUACAACAAGGACCAAUGCAUGUGCAAUACAUUUUAAUCUCAAUAAAAAGCGUCAUAGUUUAA